CAAGCGAGCAACUCACAUAACAGCGCAUUGUAUAUAGCUGCAUCCCGCGGAUGCACGUGGGGAUGUACAUCUGCAAGAGCGGAUAGGAGAGUAGGGACCAGGCGAAUAAGACGUUCUUCUGCAUGCAGCCUCUGCGCAAACAAGAAGCUUGGAGAAAAACGAAAGCGCGUGUAAACGCUAAUUAACGCCUUUUUAUUAGCCGGAACUGUUUCUAAGGGGACUCCUUAAGAAUCCAUGGGGUUAGCUAAUCACACCAGAUCACAUACGGAGGACCAUCUGUUCAUUUUCGAGCGACAAUAGUUUGUUCAGCCAAACGCGGACGGUUCAAUCAGUCUAUCCUAGAUUCAGUGGACUGCGCUUCGUCGGUGGACUGAUGAUCUAUGUGGGCUACACAGCCGUGGACUCAUGUUUUGAAACAAUGGGUCAAUGCACUAGGUUGAAUGUGUUGCUGUAACGUCCGUGGAUGAUGGCAGGGGUACACGCUUCCGAGGCUGUGUCGGGACAUUUGCUAAAUCCUACCAUUGCAGCCUCUCCGGCACAGGACGCGACACAAAUAGCGGGGUUGAACAACAAUGACGCCACSGUGCUGCCUCCGACUGGCACCCGGGCAUACCUGGACAUUUCGGCGGCUGCCUUUGCCCACGGGCACCCGGUCUAUGGGGCGGAGGGAGUUUACACCAACGGAAGGUACAUGGACCACGGGAGUCCUYGGACKGGCAGCAGCAGCCGUGACAAUUCAGCCGAAAGGAGUCAUGGAGGCGUGAACACACCUUGCGGCAUUAUGAAGGAUGGCUCCAAGCAGAGGCAGGUGAGGCAGAAGAAGACUGUCUCCUUCAGCUCCAUGCCCAACGACCGUAAGAUCAACAGCACAGCCGCCUGCAUGGCCUUCAUGAUGGAGGGCUGCGAGAUGAAGAAGGUGCGCUCCAACUCGCGCAUGUACAACCGYUACUUCCUMCUKGACCCGGACAUGCACUGGCUCCGCUGGGAGCCCUCCAAGAAGGACUCAGAGAAAGCCAAGUUGGAGAUCAAGAGCAUCAAGGAGGUCCGUCUGGGKAAGAAGACCCCUGUGCUGCGYAGCAAUGGCCUGUCCGACCAGUUYCCAGACGAGUGUGCMUUCUCCAUCAUCUACGGGGACAACUAUGAGUCUCUGGACCUGGUGGCCAGCACRGCUGAUGURGUCAGCACCUGGGUGAUGGGMCUCCGCUACUUGGUCUCYUACGGGAGGCACACRGUAGAUGUGGUUGAGCCYAGCCAGCCCAGCCUGAGGACCUCCUGGAUCGGAUCGGUGUUUGAGCUGGCUGACAUGGAGAGGAAUGGCCACAUCGACCUGUUCAGGGCCACCCAGAUCAUCAAGGGGCUCAACCCGGGCAUGAAGGAGUCCCGGAUAGAGCUGAAGUUCAAGGAGCUCCAGAAGGCCAAAGACCAGUAUGGGGAGGACAUUGACAUGGAAACCUUUGUGGAGGCCUACUGCGAGCUGUGCACGAGGCCAGAGAUCUUCUUCCUGCUGGUGCAGUUCUCCAGCAACAAGGAGUACCUGGACAGCAAGGACCUGAUGCUGUUUGUGGAGGUGGAGCAGGGCAUGGAGGGCGUGACGGAGGACAUGUGCCGGGRCAUCGUYCAGAAGUACGAGCCWUCCGCCGAGGGCCGGGAGAAGGCCAGCCUCUCCAUUGAUGGCUUCACKCACUACCUCCUCUCCUCAGAGUGUCACAUUUUCGACCCCCAGCACAAGCGGGUGUGYCAGGACAUGAGCCAGCCGCUCUCCCACUACUACAUCAACUCUUCGCACAAYGCCUCCCUCCUMGAGGACCACUUCUGGGGCUCCUCCGACAUCAGCAGCUACAUCCGGGCCCUGAAGAUGGGCUGCCGCAGCCUGGAGGUCAUUGUGUGGGAYGGCCCKGACAACGAACCUGUGGUYUACGUGGGGAACUCGGUGGCAUCUCAGCUAGCCCUCUGCAAGGUCUUGGAUAUUAUAAACCAGUAUGCAUUUGAGAGCUCUGAGUACCCCCUCAUCCUCUGCCUGGUGACACACUGCUGCAUCCCCCAGCAGAGGGUCAUGGCCCAGCACAUGAAGAAGAUCCUUGGAGACAAGCUGUACUUGGAUGMCCCCAGCUCAGAGGACCACUACCUACCCUCCCCAGAGGAACUCAAGGGUAAGAUCCUGCUGAAGGGCAAGCGGCUGCCCCCAAACUACCCYGAGUCAGAGGGGGAGGUGACUGAUGAGGAGGAGGGUCUGGAGAUGUCCAGGAGGGUGGGGGCAGAUGAUAARGACCAUCUCAAYGGCCUUGGCUGCAAACGGCUGAGGCUGUGUAAGGAACUGUCGGACCUGGUCUCCCUCUGUAAGUCAGUGCAGUUCAGGGACUUUGACAUYUCCAAGAGGGAUCAGAAAUACUGGGAGAUGUGCUCUUUCAAUGAGGUCGACGCCAACAGGUUCGCCAACGAGUUCCCCGAGGACUUUGUGUGCUACAACAAGCGCUUCCUCUCCAGGGUGUACCCCACUCCGAUGCGGAUCGACGCCAGUAACAUGAACCCCCAGGACUUCUGGAAGUGUGGUUGCCAGAUUGUAGCCAUGAACUACCAGACCCCRGGCCUGAUGAUGGACCUCAACCUGGGAUGGUUCAGGCAGAACGGGAACUGUGGCUACGUGYUGCGGCCGGCCAUCAUGAGGGAGGAGGUGUCAUACUUCAGCGCCAAYGCCAGGGAAUCCCURCCAGGGGUGUCCGCCCAGCUUCUCCACAUCAAGGUGAUCAGCGGGCAGAAYCUGCCYAAGCCCAGGGGCUCYGCUGCAAAGGGAGACGUGGUGGAACCCUACAUCUAUGCRGAGAUCCACGGCAUCCCGGCCGACUGYGCCGAGCAGAGGACYAAGACGGUCUCUCAAAACGGAGACAACCCYGUCUUCGACGAGAGCUUUGAGUUCCAGAUCAACCURCCGGAGCUGGCGGCWCUACGCUUYGUAGUGCUGGACGACGACUACAUCGGAGACGAGUUCAUCGGCCAGUACACAAUCCCCUUUGAAUGUCUGCAGCCRGGCUACAGGCACGUCCCCUUGCAGUCGCUGACGGGGGAGUUCCUACCCAAYUGCACCCUGUUCGUACAUGUGGCCAUCACCAACAGAAGGGGAGGKGGCAAGGCCCACAAGAGAGGCCUGUCGGUGAGGAAGGGCAAGAAGGCUCGUGAGUACACCUCCAGCAAGACCACCGGUAUCAAGGUGGUAGACGAGCUCUUCAGAGCAUCCACCCAGCCUCUGAGGGAAGCCACAGACCUCCGGGAGAACGUCCAGAUGAUUCAGACGAGCCGGACGCUGAUUGAGUCAGCUGAUGUGGUCUACUCCAAGCUUACACAAGCACAACGGGCAGGACUGGAUUUCCAUGUGGACCUUCACAGGAUCGGGGCGAAGGAGGGCCUGAAAGGCCGGAAGCUACAGAAAGCCAUGGAGAGCUACGCCUGGAACAUCACCGUCCUCAAGGGUCAGGCGGACCUCCUGAAGCACGCUAAGAGUGAGGCUUUGGACACGCUGCGUCAGAUCCACUGUGCCACCCAGUCCUGUGGCCUGAGCAAGAACGGAGCUACCUCCCCUCAGCUCCAACACCAUCCACUGCAAGCACAGGCCCAGUACCAGGCCCAGCCCCACCAUCCACCCCAACCUCACCUUCUCCAACCUCAGGCCCAGACCCGACCCCAGGCCCAGCCGCUGUCCCAACACCUGGCUAAACCCCAGCCCGAGGCCCAACCACAGCUCCAGGCCCAGCUUAUUACUCAACACCAUCCCCUGACUCAGCGCCCAUCUCUGCCUCCCCUCCCACCACAGCCCCCACAGUAUAGGGCAGCAGGCUCUCACGAGGCCAUCUCUGAGAACGAGACGGCCAGCGAUGGUUCCUGCUGACCCGUUGCCUGUACCCGCAGUGGAGUCCACCCAAAGAGAGACAGGGAGAGGAGAAUAGAAAGAGAGAGGGGGCUUGAGAAGCAGAGAGGAGAAGAGCAAAGAACAUGGAUGGUUCCUUUAACACCCCCGAAGAUGGACAGGCAGAGUGAGAUAGAAAGGAAAAAAGAGGAGAGGGAGAAGGAGAGAAUGAAGGAGAUGGAGAAGGAGAGAAUGAAGGAGAUGGAGAAGGAAAGGGAGAGGGAGAGAGAUGGUGAGAGGGAAAGAGCAGAAGAGAAACAGCAAAUAGAGCAAGGGACGGGGAAGAAAACUCAUCGUAAAAGACAAGAGACACAAGUUUGAAAAUGUAUUGUUUUAGAGACAAAGAAGAAAUGUCUCUGUCAGCUCUCUCUCCUGUCCUAUUUCUCUCUCUUGGAUUCGAAAGAGCGAAUAACACCCAUAUUAGCGAGUUCAGUCAGUCUCUCAGUCAGUCAAUUCGUUGAGUCAGUCAGUCUGUCAGGAGAGUCUCGCUGUCUUUCUCUGGGCAGUGCCCUGCGGGUACAGGCACCUUACAUUGGCAUUUCAUACCGCACAAGUUCGCCUUUGGAUUCCCCUAGGAUACCCAUAGCAUGUCCUUUCCUUCUCUCCUCCUCUAUCUUCUCCCGUAUGUUUACUCCAUACACCUGUAGAUCUGCCCUUCCAUGCAUCAUCCCGAGCUUCAACCCUUUUGCCCUUCUCGCCGAGGAGGAGGCUGCCGUUGAAAUGCACAACGUAGUGCAGCUCACACGGACUCUGAGCUCUGUAGGGAUCCUAGCUAGAGGACCAUUACUGCACAAACUAACCUGGGGAGCUGUCUGUGAGAGAGACGUUAAAGGACUGCAGCUCUGCAGCCUCUCUCUGUCUGUCACUACCUACCUGGCCUCUACAAUGAUGCACUGGCUCCCCCUGCUGGAGACUCCAACCUCCGCAGGACCCCAUACACUUGCACAGUGCUCUUAAUUAAGAUUUUUAUUUUUGUUAAUUGUCAAUCACAACAUGCCUGGACGCUUAGUAGGGGGUCUCCCUAGCGCCUCUCAAGGGGCUGUGUGCGUAACGUCCCGUGUGUUGCUGUCGUCGUCCCAUGGAAGGAGGGAGCGUGGCCAUGCUCUGCCCACGCUCCAGCUCUCAGAGGUAGCUACUAGCUAGAGCUCACCAGCCUGUUUUAACUGGAACAGUCUGUCGACCCCGUCUGCGCUGCGGAGACUAACGGACUCUAUAGGUCAAAGAUCACAAGAGAAACAUGGACCAGGGGCAGAUUCCUGCUGUCAAUCAAACACACACCUCACCUAAAAGAGAAACUAUGGAUCUAUAUAGAUGUAUAAUGUAUGUAUGUACAAGUAAUGAAGAGACCCUUUACAUUUAUCUCUGAUAAUUCUCCCUGAAACAAAACAUCCCGUUGAUAUUCUUAUUAUUGUUAUAAUUGAUGUUAGUUGUAUUCAUAUUACAAUUAUUUUAUAUACAGUAUAUUGCUUCUACAUAUACAGUGACUUGAUACCUGUUGUUCUGUGCUGCAGCUCAAGACAGGUGGUGUGGAAUGUUGGGUGUAGGGGUUAGGGUGAGGUCAGGGUGAGUUUGGGUUUGGGUUGGGGGUCAUCAUUCCAAAAAUUGGAUCAAACCAUAACCUGACUUAUGUUUCACUGCAAAGUGAUGUGGUUCUGUAUGAGCUCCUUAAAAUGGCCCAUUAAAACUGUCUUCGUUGUUCA